ACCUCACACCUAAAGUCAAGACAAAAACACAGCGCUGCCAUUAUAAUCAACGAAUCUGUCUCCUCCAGCGCUGACCGCGCGUGCAGAGUUGAUGUGUUGUGAGGAAACACGCUGCUCCGCGCUCGCUGACGUCACUCCGGCGAGCGCUUCCAUAGAUGCGAGCGCGAGAGUACAGUGACAGCGCCUCGUCCACUGUACGCAAUACUGAGUGCGGCUCAGCACUAUCUCAGGCUACACGCGAGAAACGGCAGCAGAUCAUGGAAUGUGACUAGGCAACAUUCCGCUUUAUUUGAGGCCGGUCGUCAGCCCUACACUCACGGGGCGCAGUACUUUAAGACCACCGUUUCCAUUAUUACCAAGUGAUCACUGCCCUCCUGUGAUCCGGGAAUCACAUUGGGAGCUUUAAUAUUUUUGUUAAUUAUUCCUCGAGUUUCUAUCCCACUCUAACGGUUUGACUCUGACUUCAAGCUGCGGCUCAAUAACUGGAUAUUAUCGGUGGAACAAUAGGCGACUGCUGCUGUCUGUAUAUUAAAUUUUACUCUUGGAUUAUUGUCUCAGCAUCAUGAGCACAAGUGUACCCUAUCAGCAAAGCUCAUGCAGCAAUGAACGGAGCUCUGGACCAAUCCACUGCUUUCGCUGCCGGGAGGUGUGCAAAGGAGAGGUGGUACGAGUUCAGCAUGUCCACUUCCACAUCAAAUGCUUCACCUGCCAAGUGUGUGGCUGUGAUUUGGCACAGUCCGGAUUCUUCCAGAAGAGUGGCGAGUACAUCUGCACAGCAGACUACCAGUGCCUGUAUGGCACAAAGUGUGACAGCUGUGGGGACUUUAUCUCAGGGGAGGUGGUCUCUGCCCUGGGCCGCACAUAUCAUCCAAAAUGUUUUGUGUGCAGCGUUUGCAGGAAACCUUUUCCAAUUGGGGACAGAGUGACGUUCAGUGGUAAAGAAUGUGUCUGUCAGCAGUGUUCCCUCAAGCUGGUUAAUUCCAAUGAGCCAAUCAAAAUCCACGGGCCCAGUCACUGUGCAGGUUGUAAGGAGGAGAUCAAACAGGGUCAAUCUCUGUUGGCGUUAGAGAAACAGUGGCACGUCAGCUGCUUCAGGUGUCAGACCUGCGGCCUGGUCUUGACGGGAGAGUACAUCAGCAAAGACGGCAUUCCCUACUGUGAGUCAGACUACCAUGCCCAGUUUGGGAUAAAGUGUGAAACAUGCGACAGAUACAUCAGUGGACGUGUGCUGGAGGCUGGAGGGAAGCACUACCACCCCACUUGUGCUCGCUGUGCCCGGUGUCAGAUGAUGUUUACAGAAGGAGAGGAGAUGUAUCUCACAGGUUCAGAGGUGUGGCAUCCUGUGUGUAAACAAGCAUCUCGAGCAGAGAGGAAACUGAGACUCAGGCGCACAUCAGAAACCUCCAUCUCUCCGCCAGGCUCCAGCAUUAGUUCACCCAGCAGAGUCAUAUGUGCAAAAAUGGAGAACGAGAUCCUUGAUUACAAAGACUUGGCAGCUCUGCCUAAGGUUAAAGCCAUUUAUGAAGUGCAGAGGCCAGACUUCUGGUCCUAUGAGCCCAGUCACAGAUACUGCUCCGAUGACAGGCUAGAGCGUCUCAGCUAUGGGGAGUCCUUGGGCACGCUCUCCCCUUAUUCUCAGGACAUGUAUGACAGUAUGGACAUAAGGAUGAGAAGAUCCUCCAGUCCGGGGUACAUAGACUCCCCCACCUACAGCAGACAGGGCAUGUCUCCCAUCAUGCCCCGCUCUCCACAGCACUACUACAGAUAUGGCACUGAGAGUGGCAGAAGUUCACCCUAUUACAAUCAGCUAGAUGCCCGGUCCAGCACGCCCACCACAAACCAAGCUCCUAAGCAUUUCCAUGUGCCAGCCACAGGGGAGCCCAAUAUCUACAGGAAGCCUCCCAUCUAUAAGAGACAUGACAAUCACUGCAAUCCAGCAACUAAGAGCAAGACCAGUGAGGACAUUGUCCAAUCUUCCAAGUUCCUAUCAGCCUACUCACCUGAACACUACCAGCACUCAGAGUCUGAUUACUACCAUUACACCAGCUCUCCUAAAUCUUUACGUGCUCCUCGGAGAAGGUACUCAUCAGGUGGAGAAGAGGAUGGCUGGAGUCACGGCCUUCAAAGAAUUCAGGGUGGUAUCGGUAGGAUGAUCCUGAAGGAGGAGAUGAAAGCCCGCUCCGGUUCCUAUGACAACGACCCCUGGGGCAGCGCACGGAACUCUCGCAGUGGGAGCAGGGAGUUGUUGCACAGCAUGGGCCACAACAACACCGUUAACGGCUCUCCUCGUACAAACUUUGCGGCGGAGAAUGACUACAUAUCCAAGUCAGCAUCUUUGCCCGGAUAUGGCAGGAAUGGAUUGCAACGGCCACAAAGUGCAGACUACUAUCAGUAUGACUGUGGCAGUGAAGUCAACUGGGGAAUCAGAGAGUACAAGAUCUACCCAUAUGAAGCACUUAUUGUGACCACUAGGGGGCGUAACAGGUUGCCAAAGGAUGUAGACCGGUCUAGAUUGGAGCGGCAUCUUUCCCCGGAGGAGUUCUAUGAGGUGUUUGGGAUGACGAUGGUGGAGUUUGACCGUCUGGCGCUGUGGAAGAGGAACGAGAUGAAGAAACAAGCCCGGCUGUUCUAGUGUUCCUGUCCCACACAUACACACACACACACACACACACACACACACACACACACACACAGAGAGAGAGAGACCUGAAUACCUGUUCCAGUCUAACUAAACAAACACAUCCUGUGUCUCAGACACAUAGUCAUGCCUGGACUGUACCUAGAAAUUGUGCAACUGUUCAUUGUGACAGAGGCAUAUAAAUGAUCAGACAGGCUAGACUAUCUGACAAAGGAAGACAAAAAUAAAUAACAUAAUACACAGAAUGGUGGGAACAUUUUAGUUUUUACUUGAGUGUAAAGUGAACACAUUUUAUUUUGUUUCUGAAUGACAAAACUAAGGAAUCAGGAAUUGUAAGGAUUUUGAAUUUUGCCUUAUGUUCUUUAUUAAUUUAUGCACCAGCAAAGUAAGUGAACAGAAUGUAAAUACAAUUAAUACAACUUUAAUGGGAGUGGAUGAAACAUCUUAUGUCAUCCAUCAAGUACAUUAUUAAGUAAUAUUUAAUUUUAAAGGUUAUAAAAUAAUAUUUUUCAAUCCUUUUAUUUCACUGUUAUUCAAGGACUACAUAAGCUUAGAUGGGCUGACAUAAGCGAUGAUUUGCUUGACAAUGAAUACCAAAGUCUGACUGUUAUUUGUGAAGUUAGCAGAUGAAAUUGAGCACUGCGGUGCUGUACGUUGUUCAGGUCAUUUCCAAGGAGUAACAAAUACUGAAUGUACACUUUUCUCACAAGAAGACUUUAGGAUUAUUAGACUAAUACUGAUGAAACAUACAUUGUAUAUUGUGAUGGUAGAACUACAUAUGGCUUGUGUCUUAUACAGAUGAAGACAAAACAGAUAAGAAUUAAGGUGCAAUGUUUUUUUUUUUCUUUCUUUCUUUCUUUUUUUUUUUUUUUUUGAAAUGUUAUGCUCUUAAAAACAAAGAGAUCGGUUGGUUAGGAUAGCACAGUUUACUUUCAUCACUCCUUUUAGGAUGGAUCAGGAAAUGCUGUGAUACCUUAAGUGGGUUAAUUAUAUUUUGGGGUCAUUGCCAGGGUGAUUAUGUCACCUGAUUUGGUAAUAAAUUGAAUGCCGAGGAAGUAAACAUGGAUUGCAAGACCAAUGACAGGGAUAACUUGUUCACACUCACAUAUUACUUGAUGGAAGAAAAAAAAAAUACAUUAUCACACCACUGAAGCAAGUGACAUAUAACAAACUGUAACCUUGAUUAGGACCUAACAGUAACCGUGAGGUCUUUCAUGCCAAGGGAUACUGACAGUAGUUUUUGUACCUCACUGACAAACAGGUGAAACCAUCAUGUUUUCUGCCUUUGUGUGUAGUGUUUACAACCUGUUUGCCCAUAGAUUGUUAUGAAGUGUUCUAUUAAUUUCAUAGUGAAGGAAGAGAGCUAGAGUAUAACCAUAUUUUUGAUUCUCUCUUUUUUUAAUCACUACUGCUACCUUCCUAACUUUAUUUAUCUGUCAGUUUCAACAGACUAUG